AUGGAAGAUAAAGAGCAGUUGCGUAGGCAGCUUGAGGAGCAAAUAGCUGCUACAGAGCGCCAGCUCGGCCGGCUGAAGCAAGAACUCACAGAUCUCGAGAUACAACAUGGUCCCGUUUCACAGGAGACGGAGACAAUGAAUAAAUCAACAGAAUGGCCACUGCGUCAAGAUGAAUACAGAAGAUACGGAAGACAGAUGAUAGUAGAACAGGUUGGUCUGUCAGGCCAGCUUCGGCUGCGGAAUUCAGCAGUGCUUAUCGUUGGAGCCGGCGGCUUGGGCUGCCCAGCGGCUUUAUAUCUCGCUGGUGCGGGAAUCGGAAAGCUAGGAAUCAUCGAUGGCGACAAAGUCGAGUGCUCCAAUCUACACCGCCAGGUACUACAUCGUACAAAGUACACUGGGAAAUAUAAAGUCGACAGCGCCAUCGAGUAUCUAAAAGAACUGAACCAUCACCCUAUCUACAUACCAUUUCGAUCACAUCUCUCAUCACAGAAUGCGCCAGAAAUAUUCGCCGAUUUCGAUAUAAUACUAGACUGCACCGAUAACCCUGCAACUCGAUAUCUUAUUUCAGACACUGCAGUUGUGCUUGGAAAACCGGUCGUGUCCGCCUCCGCCCUGCGAACAGAAGGGCAGUUAAUGAUUCUCAACUAUCCACCCCGUCCGCCUAGCGAUAAGUCAGGGGGCCCAUGUUACCGGUGCGUCUUUCCAACACCGCCUCCAGCAGAUAGCGUUACGAGCUGUGCAGAUGGUGGAAUAAUUGGGCCUGUGGUCGGUGUCAUGGGUGUUAUGCAGGCGUUGGAGACGAUAAAGGUGAUAACGAGUAUGGAAGAAGGAGAGACAUCAGGAACUAAACCGGAUAACAGGAGCAUUGUUCCAUCUCUCCAUCUGUUUUCGGCUUAUUCCAACCCUCCAUUCCGUGCUAUUCGGUUGCGCCCUCGACGACAAAAUUGCGCUGCAUGUGGCGUAGAUCCCUCAAUAUCUAUUGACUCCCUCAAGAAUGGGUCAAUGGAUUAUGUGCAAUUCUGUGGUUCACUCAACCCUGUUUCUAGCCUGAUGCCUGAUGAAAGACUCAGUGCAAAAGAUUACAAAGCAUGGCUUGAUAACCGCGGCGAUGACAACAAGGGUAUCCUGCUUGAUGUACGCGAGCGAGUUCAGUACGAUAUUUGCGCACUGCCCUGGAGCCACAGCAUUCCCAUAUCAGAGGCUCUCCGAUCAUCUUCUGGAUCAUCUGGGGCGACUAAUGGGGGGUUUCCAGCAUGGUUCCCAACAAGUAUCGUUGACCUUAAUACGACAACCCCAAUCCACGUUGUUUGCCGCCAGGGUAACGAUUCUCAGGUUAUGGUGAAGACUCUGAAGCAGCUCGGUCUUGAUCAGGAAGGCAGACGCUUUAUUGGUGAUAUCGUAGGCGGUCUGGAUGCAUGGAGAAGAGAUGUUGACCCUCAGUUUCCGGAUUACUGA